GGAACGCUUACUCCAAGAUAGCGGAACUCGACGGGAUGGCCGCCGAACGUAUCGCCGGCAGAACGUCGUGUCGGUAAGCUAUCCCUUAAGCAUUCAUGAGUGCAUUCAUACGUGCAUCAAGUCAAUCAGUGAACGCGUAUCUCGGUAGAUUACGCUUUCACCGCCACAUGAUAGCAACAUGGCAUCACUGGCAAGAUUACUCCCAGGCGUAGCAGUCAUCACGGGCGCUGGAGGAACUGGUAUUGGUGCGGCAGUGGCCAAGGGUUUCGCCCGUUCAGGCUGUUCGCGAAUCGCCAUCACCGACAUCAACCCGAAGACGCUCGACCAGACCAAGGACGCUAUCCUGAGCAUUAAUCCUUCCGCUCAGGUCUUCCAGCGAGCCGGCGACAUCGCUGAUGAGACGUUUGUCGACUCAUUCAACGAUGAGACCUUUUCCAAGUUCAAGAGGCUCGACUAUGGGGUCAAUUGCGCUGGCGUGCUUGGAGGCGAUGUCAUCAAAGCUGUGGAGAUGACGACUGAACACUUUGAUCGACUUAAUGCUAUCAACUAUAAGGGGUCGUGGCUCAGUUGCCGUGCGCAGUUGAGGAACAUGUUGAAGCAGAAGCCUCUUGAUCAGCAUCCCAAGCAGAGAGGUUCUAUUGUCAACAUCGCUAGUCAGCUCGGCAUUGUAGCGAGGCCGGGUGCUGCGGCAUACUGCGCUUCAAAAGGUGCCAUCAUCAACAUGACACGCGCGAAUGCUAUCGACUACUCCGAUGAUGGCAUACGCGUGAAUUGUGUUUGUCCUGGUGUUAUUGAGACACCCAUGACUACAACAUCGCCAGCUAUGGUGGAAGCAUUGAAGCCGGCUAUUGAGAUAGCACCUAUGAAGAGAAUGGGUACGCCGGAGGAAGUCGCUGAUGCAGUGCUUUUCUUGUGUUCGGCACAAUCAUCGUUCAUUCAAGGGCAUGCAUUGGUUGUGGAUGGCGGCUACACGAUCAAUUGAUCAGAAAGAUAUCGCGAUAAUGGGACAGAUUGCAUG